AUUCUCCCUACAUCCGGCUCUCCGCCCCCCCACCCCCACCGGAAGCCCGAGGCGGCCCGCUAGCCCCGCGUUCCUGCGGGCUCUCGGUGGCCGUGGCGGAUCCGCAGGAUAGGGGACAAGAUGGCGGAAGAGGAGUUCCUCAACACAACCCAUGAGGGUCCCAAUAUAACCUUACAUACCACCUUGGCCAUCACGACCAAACUGGUGCUUCCAACUCCUGCCAAACCCAUCCUUCCAGUUCAAACUGGAGAGCAGGCUCAGCAAGAAGAGCAGUCCAGUGGCAUGACGAUAUUCUUUAGUCUGCUUGUUUUAGCUAUUUGCAUCAUAUUGGUGCAUUUAUUGAUCAGAUACAGACUGCAUUUUCUGCCAGAGAGUGUUGCAGUUGUCUCUCUAGGUAUCCUCAUGGGAGCAGUUAUAAAAAUCAUAGAAUCUCAGAAGCUGGCAAAUUGGAAGGAAGAAGAAAUGUUUCGUCCAAAUAUGUUCUUUCUUCUCUUGCUUCCUCCUAUCAUAUUUGAAUCAGGAUAUUCUUUACAUAAGGGUAACUUCUUUCAGAAUAUUGGUUCCAUCACUCUGUUUGCUGUAUUUGGCACAGCAAUUUCAGCUUUUAUUGUAGGUGGAGGAAUAUAUUUUCUAGGUCAGGCUGAUGUAAUUUCUAAACUCAACAUGACAGACAGCUUUGCAUUUGGCUCAUUGAUAUCUGCUGUUGACCCAGUAGCUACUAUUGCUAUUUUCAAUGCACUUAAUGUGGAUCCAGUUCUUAACAUGUUAGUUUUUGGAGAAAGUAUUCUCAAUGAUGCAGUCUCUAUUGUUCUGACCAACACAGCUGAAGGCUUGACAAGAAAAAAUAUGUCCGAUGUCAGUGGGUGGCAGACUUUUCUACAAGCCCUUGGUUACUUCCUUAAGAUGUUCUUUGGCUCAGCUGCACUCGGCACUCUAACAGGGCUAAUUUCUGCACUAGUAUUAAAGCAUAUUGAUUUAAGGAAGACACCUUCCUUGGAGUUUGGGAUGAUGAUUAUCUUUGCAUAUCUUCCUUAUGGGCUUGCAGAAGGCAUCUCCCUCUCAGGUAUCAUGGCCAUCCUGUUCUCUGGUAUUGUGAUGUCUCAUUAUACACAUCAUAACCUUUCCCCAGUUACACAGAUCCUAAUGCAGCAAACCCUACGAACUGUUGCCUUCAUGUGUGAAACAUGUGUGUUUGCAUUUCUUGGCCUGUCCAUUUUUAGUUUUCCUCACAAGUUUGAAAUUUCCUUUGUCAUCUGGUGCAUAGUACUUGUGCUGUUUGGCAGAGCUGUGAACAUUUUCCCACUGUCCUACCUCCUAAAUUUCUUCCGUGAUCAUAAAAUCACCCCCAAAAUGAUGUUUAUCAUGUGGUUUAGUGGUUUACGCGGAGCAAUUCCAUAUGCCCUGAGUCUUCAUUUGGACCUGGAACCCAUAGAGAAACGGCAGCUCAUUGGGACAACUACCAUAAUCAUUGUGCUCUUCACCAUACUGCUGCUUGGAGGAGGGACAAUGCCCCUCAUUAGAUUGAUUGACAUUGAAGAUUCAAAAGCCCGAAAAAGAAAUAAGAAGGAUAUCAACCUCAGUAAAACGGAAAAAAUGGGUAACACCAUUGAAUCUGAACAUCUUUCAGAGCUCACAGAAGAAGAGUAUGAAGCCCACUACAUCAAGCGCCAGGAUCUCAAGGGUUUUAUGUGGUUUGAUGCAAAAUAUCUGAAUCCUUUUCUCACCCGGAGGUUGACCCAAGAGGACUUGCAUCAUGGCCGAAUUCAGAUGAAAACACUUACCAACAAAUGGUAUGAAGAAGUUCGACAAGGACCAUCUGGCUCAGAGGAUGAUGAGCAGGAGCUGCUCUGAUAUACAGGAGGGCUCUAGGACAAUCACCAAUGAGAUCACCACCAUUAAGAGUUUUAGUUAUGUACAAGGUCUGAUGCUAAAUGCUGUAAGAAACCUUGAAGCUUAUGCCUCCCCGGAGGCAGCCCUGUAUGUAAGUAUGCUGCACAUACAGAUACUGUUAAGUAUGACCUCCUCCAGAGGUCAUAGUCUAGUUUUGUUUAUAAUUGCUGUGGCAUUUAAGAACAGCUAAGUGGCUUUAAAACAGUGAAUGAUGGAUUUUAACCUAGAAUUUCCCAGACCUCCAAGCCAAGAUGGUUGCUUUGAAAUGUGUUCUUCCCUCCUAUUUUCCUUUUUAGGUGUCUGCUAUAAAUGUCUUGCAUCAAUACUUACUUGUUUGACAACUCUACAAGAUAGAGUGAGUAGUACAUUCUCUGUAGAAUUUUUCAUUAUCAGUUCCCAGAUGGGAGCUGUCAUAGGUCAAGCUGUGAAUUGUGUGGCUUUUUGGAAAGAAGAAUUUGUCAUUUCUGACCCUCCACAUUAGUAGUGACAAGAAAACAGUGGUAGGACUAGGUAAUAGUGUGUGGGGGUCUCAGCCUUUCCUAGGCAAGUGUUUUCAUUGUGCCCUCACAAGCAGGCCUGCUGAGUUGGCAGGCACAGUCUUAACACAAGAAAACAUCUGCAUGUGUAGGCCUGGAAGCCAGCUAUGUCUUAGUCAACCUCCCCCUCAACAACCACCAACACCACCAAUCCAUAAUCACAAAAUACUAAGGUAUUCCACUCCACAGAAAGAGCGGUUUUAUUGGAAAAGACCUUUGAUGCCUCCUAUGUUUUUCAGCAUUCCAAAGAAAUGAAAAUUGAUGAUGUCCUUUUUGUUUAACAUAUUGACCCCAUGUGCAGAAUCUUAGGGUAAUAGGCAGCUGGUUUCCCCAGGAAAUACUAUGAAUGUUUGCAUUUGAACCCCUAGCCAAAUGCAAGUCCCAUUUCUUCAAAGGUGACAGGAGGUGUGCCUCUCCUGAAUGUUACACUGCUUACAGUUAAGUCAUAGGUGAAAUUCUAGUUCUUGCCUCUGGAGAGUGCCAAAUGUAUAGACUUAUUUUGGUUGACCAGCAUCUAUGUUUUGAUGUAUGUUCACUUUUUUUUUUUUUUAGUGAGGCAAUUGGGGUUAAGUGACUUGCCCAGGGUCACACAGCUGGUAAGUGUCUGAGGCUGGAU